UGAUCCUUGUAAGGUAAAUUGUUUCUGCAACUUAAUUCUUAUAACAACUUCUCACUGUAUGAUUUCUUGGACUUUUGCAUAUAGUAUAUGAAUUGUGAACUGAUUAAUACAGGAUCACUUCAAUUUAAUCCAGUGGGAUGAUAAAGACUUCCAAUAUGAAGUGACCCUUUACUUGGUUAUCUGUUAUGUUCUGGUUGUUCAUGAAGCUGCAGCAUCGUUAGUGUGAUUAAGGAACACGCUAAAGUUUUUUUCUAGUGUUUCUGAAUAAAUGCUGAAUUCAGUUAGAUAAUUUGUUGUUAGCAUUGAUGCCAGAUUGAUCACAGAAAUAUAGCUUGAUAAGUGCAGUUCAUUUUGCUUUUAGAUAAAAGAAGUCAUUGGACUUGGUUCUUUCUAUUUGCUAAACUAGUCAAGUGAAUUGUCAGGGAAGCAUGACCUCAUGAUCAUGACUAAUAUGCUUCAUCAUUUUUAAACAGAUGAAUAUUGUUGACACGCCAGGAACCAAUGUUAUUCUCCAACGGCAACAGCGCCUCACAGAGGAAUUUGUACCUCGGGCGGAUUUGCUUCUUUUUGUAAUUUCUGCUGAUCGGCCAUUAACUGAAAGUGAGGUAACUUUUCUUCGAUAUACCCAGCAGUGGAGAAAGAAGAUUGUGUUCGUGUUGAACAAGUCUGAUCUAUACCGGAAUGACAGUGAGCUUGAGGAGGCUUUGUCAUUCAUCAAGGAGAAUACAAGGAAGUUGUUGAAUUCAGAAAGCAUUACUGUCUACCCUGUCUCUGCACGGUCUGCACUUGAAGCAAAAUUGUCAUCUUUAGAUCUCCACAGUGCCCACACAGAGUCUCACUGGAGAAUUGACAAGUUCCACGAGCUUGAGAAGUUCUUGUAUAGCUUUUUAGAUGGCACAAGGACAGGAAUGGAAAGAAUGAGGCUCAAACUGGAAACCCCAAUACGAAUUGCUGAGCGUUUGCUCUCCAGUUGUGAUACUCUUAUAAAACAUGACAGCAGAUUUGCCAAGCAGGAUGUAGCAUAUGCAGCCGGACUUGUUGACAGUCUGCAAGAUUGCUCUGCAAAGGUUGAAAAUGAGAGCCUUUCUUGGAAACGAAAAGCUCUAUCUCUGAUUGAUGCAACAAAAACCCGGGUUGUGGAUCUGAUAGAAUCAACACUGCAGUUAUCAAAUCUUGAUCUGGUUGCCUCGUAUGUAUUCAAAGAGAAGUCUGCGAUGCCUUCCACUUUGAAGAUUCAAAACGAGAUAAUAUCUCCAGCACUAUCAGAUGCUCAAAAAUUACUAGAAGAAUACCUGACAUGGUUAAAUUCAAACAGUUCCCGUGAAGCAAAACUGUUCAGAGAAUCUUUUGAUAAUAGGUGGCCUUUGAUUAUUGAUCGGAACACGCAGAUGCAGCUUGACGCCCUGGAAUUGUUGAAGAUAGUUGAUGACUCAAGCUUGAAAGUGCUAGAAAACUUGAAUGUUGCUCAAGCUUCCAAGUUAUUCGAAGAAGAAAUCCGUGAAUCGUUCUUGGGCACGUUUGGUGGUAUUGCAGCUGCUGGCUUGCUGGCCUCUCUUUUGACGUCAGUGCUACCCACUACUUUGGAAGAUCUACUUGCUCUUGGCUUUUGUUCUGCUGGAGGGUACAUUGCGAUUCUGAACUUUCCUGUGCGAAGAAGGGCGAUGAUCGUCAAGGUGAACAAGAUCGCCGUUGGCUUAGCACUUGAAGUAGAAGAAGCAAUGCAGAAGGAUCUUUCAGAAACUGUGAAAAAUCUAGAGAAGUUUGUGAAAACCAUAGGCAAGCCUUACCAAGAUGCAGCACAAGAAAGGCUAGACAAGGUUCUAGUGUUGCAAAGCAAAAUAUCCAAAGUAGAGAACAAGAUCAGAACAUUGCAAGUAGAGAUCCAAAAUCUUCAUGUACCCUGAGGUUGGCCGGGCCAGAUUGAUUCUGCAGGACAUUGUCUGGAGGCCAAUCCUUUCUUUCAAUACGAAAUUCAAGAUCCGGCUCCUGAUGGUCAUGAAUGGAUUACACUAUAAUUAGUUCAUCAUCUGGGGGAAAAUGCAUUAAGCAGGUAUAUAAUGUUAAUAUACAAGAAUGUUGUAU